AUGGAAGAACAAGUUGAAUCCCUGUUUGUGAACAUACACUCCUACUACCUCAUUCAGAAUGUUACCAUGGUGAUUCCCAUGGCAUUUGCCUUGAUCCGUUCUGAGACGUACUCUAAGAUCCGUGCUGCCAGGACCAGAUGGGACCAGAUGGAACUGUUGUACGAGGCUCUAGACUUUGGAGGGGUAAAGCUGAAAUCAGACUUUUACAGGAUUCUACUGGAUCUGGAACCUGACCUUGUCAUCGACCUGGGUGCCAUAUUUGUGGACAUCCAUAAGGAUCAACUCAUUCAGAAGGUUACCAAGAUGAAGCCCAUCCUUCAUGAGCUGUUCUAUGAGAAGUUGUACUGUAACACCAGGAUUAAACAGAUGACCAGACAUGACCAGAUGAGACAGUUGUACAAGGCCCUAGAAGAAGCAGAAGACACAAGAAGUGUGAAAUUAGACUUUUACAUGAUUUUACUGGAUCUGGAACCUGACCUUGUCAGAGACCUGGAUUCAAAUGAACUUUACCUUUAUGUUCUCAUUCAUAACCUGUCUAGACAGAUGGAGAAGGUUAUAAAACAGAGGGGUGAGUUUGAAAGUCUGUCUUUCUCCAACUUAAUUUUCUAG